ACAUGGCACGAGUGCGAAGUGCGAAAAGUGCGGGCCUAAAAUAUAAACAAUACGACAUGUAAAUUAUGUCAUUGAAUACAUCGAUGGUUAACGGAGAUGUACACAUUGCUGCAUGGUUUGUACAAGUAUUUGAUGCAAAAGGACGAAUACUUCAUAUUAAUUUUAGGACUCGACAAUGCAGGGAAAACGACUUACCUCGAGGCAGCGAAGACAAAAUUCACGAAGAAUUACAAGGGUAUGAAUCCGAGCAAGAUUACGACUACUGUAGGCUUGAACAUUGGUAAGAUCGACAUCGCUGGAGUAUCUUUUAACUUCUGGGAUCUCGGUGGUCAAGAGGAACUUCAAUCUCUGUGGGACAAAUAUUAUGCAGAAUCUCACGCUGUGAUUUAUAUUGUUGACUCAUCUGAUCGUGAUAGAAUACCAGAUUCCAAAGAAACUUUUGAUAAGGUGAUAUCAUCUGAGCAUCUAAUUGGCGUACCAUUAUUGGUACUGGCAAAUAAGCAAGAUGUACCUGAUUGUAUGGGUGUCAGAGAAGUGAAGCCAAUAUUCAAUCAAAGUGCGCAUUUAAUUGGUAGAAGAGAUUGCAUGGUGAUGCCUGUAUCGGCCCUUAAUGGGGAUGGAGUAGAUGAAGGCAUACAUUGGUUGGUGGAUUGCGUCAAAAGAAACAGUGAUAUACGACCGCCUCGUAAUCAGGACGACAAUUCCUUAUCUUAGCUGUGUCUCUAAUUCUUUGAUAUAUAAGAAGAAUGUAUAUUAAAAUUGCACACAGAUAAUAGGAACGUUCAUUUCUUUCUAAGAGCAUUCUAAAAUUUACUGUAAAAUGAUUUAUCAGAUCUCGCUUAGAACUGGAUUUGUAUGAGUGUGAAUGCCUGAUAUCAAGGUAGUCGCCGAGAUAAGAGAUAAUAUCCACACCUUGUCCCGGUGCUAUUAUAUUAGUGAUAAAGAAUGUACAAAACUGAUCGCGCAACUGUACGUGUUCUGUU